AUGGCCUCCUCACUUGAUCACCAUCCAUCGAUUGGUAACGAACUACCACAAGAGAAGAAUAUCUUAAGUGAAAUAUCUACGGACCAGGAAUCCUUGGACGAAGAGAUUGUCAAAGAUUGGGAUGAUAGGGAGGAGAAUGCGCUGCGCCGAAAGAUUGACUUCAUUCUCCUCCCAAUCCUCGGUCUCGCCUUCUUCGCGCUUCAGGUUGACCGUGGAAACAUCAGCGCAGCCCUCACGUCCACCAUCACCGAGGAUCUGGGUAUAACAACCAACCAAAUCAAUAUUGGCACGCAGCUGCUCUCUGCAGGUAUUGUGAUCACAGAGAUCCCAUCAAAUAUUGUCCUCCAGCGGAUCGGGCCGCAGGUUUGGCUUUCGAUACAGCUGUUCGCCUGGGGUCUUGUCGCGACGUUCCAGGCGUUCGUGCAGAGCUAUCCUGCUUUUCUAGCGACGCGGUUAUUGUUGGGGCUUCUAGAGGGGGGAUUCAUUCCGGGUGCUCUAUACUAUCUGUCGACAUGGUAUAAGAAAGGAGAAACCAGUUCCCGUACCACUCUCUUCUUCUUCGGACAGAUGUUUGCAGCUGCAACAUCAAGUCUUAUAUCGGCCGGUCUUUUGAAAUUAUCAGGUAGAUGCGGACUCUCCGGCUGGCAAUGGAUUUUCCUUGUCGAAGGCCUGAUAACAAUCUUCGCUGGCAUCCUCUUCACCCUCCUCAUCCCACCAUCUGCAGGCAAUGGCUACGCCAUCAUCAGUCUCAAGCGCUGGAGCUACUUCACUCCCCGCGAAUCCCACAUCAUCCGCAACCGAGUUCUCCACGACGACCCGCACAAAGCCCGUGGCCACAUCAAGAUCACAGCGAAGGAUAUCUGGAAAACCGUACGCCAACCGACCACCAUCCAACACUUUUUCAUUACCCUGGUCGCCAUGUCAGCCUUUCAGGGUCUUACGCAGUAUACGCCGAGCAUGAUCAAGUCGUUUGGAUUCAGCGCCGUGCGCGCAAACGCGUUAGCUUCGGUGCCCGUUUACUGUGCCAUGGCUUGGUGCUUGGGGUUGUCUUAUUUCGCAGACCGGCUCGGCCAUAGAGGCCCCUUCGUCCUCUUGGCCAUCACCUGGAACGUGAUCUCGUAUGCCUGUCUCAGGACCACACCAUAUUCCUCGUCCAAAUGGCAUAAAUAUGGCGUUAUCACCGUCGCUAAUGUCUCUUAUGCUAGCAUGCACGUCUUGAAUAUCGGCUGGUUGUCGGUUUACUGUAAAACGCCCCAGGAACGGAGCGUCUCCAUGGCGUUGAUCAUUAUGGCGGCCAAUUGUGCCGGUAUCUCUGGGUCGCAGAUCUUCCGUACGUCGGAUAAACCCAAGUAUUUGCAUGGUCUGACGGCGAUUUGUAUCCUGGCGGGCGCUUCGUGGGUUUUAACGGUCGCGCUGGGGUUGCAGUAUUACUUUAAGAGGAAGGCUGUACGAGGGCGCUGA